AUGAGCAUCGCCAAUUCGGCUACAUUAGCGUCCACUACCUCGAAAAUAUCAUUUGGGGUAAAGAAGAAAAAAGAAAUUGUGAACAAUUCAAUCUGUCUUCCAAGUUUUGAAAAGAAAGCAACCGAUAACGAUGACGAUUUGGAAGAACAGGAUGCGAAGAAAAUACAGGCAACACAUUUUGAUGGCAGUCGGUUAAAACCGGCCGGUGGGGACACCACAGCCAAGAAAACUUCUAUUACUGUGCCUGUGAUAGUAGAGAAAGACUGGCGAGUUAGGAAGUUAUUAGAAAAUUUAUUACAAAAGAAGAAGAAAGAGGUUCUAACUCCGGAAGAGGAGGCAAAACUAGCUUUAUUAUCCUCGGAGGAGCACGAAGAUAACACUGAAACUCUACUUGAAUUGGGUGAACUGGAAGCUAAUUAUGAUUCUGUUCCUGUAGAGAACUUUGGUCUUGCAGUGCUGAAUGCUUAUAAUCGUAAAGGAAACGGCAAGCAGCCAGUUCCACUUCGUAAACUUCCAGAAAGAAGGCCACCUGGUUUAGGCUUGGGGAAUGACGUUAAACUGUUCAAAAAAUACGACAUAAUAAAUACGAAAGGAGUAGAAGACAAAGACAAUCGGUAUUUAAAGAUUGGGUCUUAUGUUCUGGUAAAGAGGGGAAUUCACAGGGGGCAUUAUGGACAGGUUGAGAGCAUAGAUUUUGAUAACGCAAGUGUUGUUGUAAAACUCGCUCUAGUCAAAAGGUCUGUUCCGGUUAGCCAGUAUCUGUUGGAAAUCGUUGACGCUGAAGAUUAUGAGCGCAACGCUAAAUGCAUCAAUAAGAAAGCCUACGAUGAUGUUAAAGUGGCAUUGGAGAAGGCAAACAUGCCAAGCAACAGCAGGGAGGUCGCAAGUGAUAAAAGUUCUGUUAAGGAUCGGAGAGUGGAAAUGUCGAAAAAACGGAGAAUUUUAGAGACUCAAGAAACAGAAGUGCGAAGAGAAAGAGGAAUGUGGGUACGACCUGAAUUGAAAGUCAGAUUUGUGAAUAAGAAAUACAAGGAUGGGAAGCUUUACAAUGAGAAAUUUGUCGUUGUAGAUGCGCCUGAUAGUGAGAAUUGUGCUAUUCAGGGACCUGAAGGAAGAAUAUACUACCAUAUUCAUGAAGAUUGGUUGGAAACAGUGAUACCUCAUGAAGGUUCGUGCAUAAUGAUUGUUGGUGGUCGUUGGCGUGGGAGUUUGGCAAUGCUAGAAAUGAAGGAACGAAAGAAGGAACGCGUUGUUGCACGUUUGUUACAUUCAGAAGAAAUAGUAAAGAUCUCAUACGACGACGUCUGCCAUUGGGUUGGCAGCACGGAUAUUGAUGAUUACUAA